AAUGUUGUUUAAAUGAACUUCGAGAGUUCUUCUUGGGAUUGUGGAGGAUGGAAACCCUCUACAAUUUGUUUGGUUUCAGUGGUGAAAGAUCCAGCCUAGCUGGUUAUUGGUUUUAGACAGAGAAUACAUUGAUUUUGCUUGAGUUUGGUGAUGUGAGUUUUGGAGAAAAUGAAAAUUUAUGAAGUUUUCUGAGUUGCCUUCAAGGUUUUUGGUGAGUUUUGAUAUCUUUUGGAGUGCUGUUCACAUUUUGAGUGUUUUGACAAGUUUGAAUGAGAUUUCUAGUUCUGGCCGUACCUUUUUAUGUAUACAGGAACCUUAGUUUGGACUCAUCUUUUGAAGAUACCUGUUUCUGCUUAUGGGUAAUGUUUUAAAAUAUUUCUAGCAGCUGGGAGAUGAAGAUUCAUAUAUCAUUUAUGGGUUUAAAAUUAGCAUUUGAAUUUUCUAAAGCAAGUCACCCCCGUGACAGGCUCUACAAGUGCAUUUAGGAGGUAUGUGUGGUCUUUUCAGUGUUGGUUCUGCUCAUAAAGGCUGCAAACUACCCCUUUCAGAGGCAUCUGAGGUGUUAGGAGGGAGAACUGAAGUUUCCUUGCAGAUAGAGGCCCUAAAAGUGAAACUAGGAAUUAUUUUGCGUGCUGCCCUUGUGCAUUUUGGCACCCAACUAGCUACAACAGUCAUAACUGAAAGCUUUCUGAGCUUUUUCAGUCCAAAUAAAUUGAUUUCAAUGUGUCUAAAGAGCUUCCAUACAGUUCUGAGCAGUUUGGAAGGAGUGGUGUGAAGUUCUCAGAUUUAUUAGCCCCGUUUUCUGUGCCCAGAUUGCUACAACAGUCAUAUUUCUUGUAUGGCAGCCUUGAAAGUGACCGAGUAAUAGUUUGCAACGACUGAUUUUCUGAUCUGAGCGAUUUAGAGGGUCUUUUCCCCUGUUUGGAAGCAAUUUGGAGGCCAUUGCUGCCUUUGGAGACUUCGUUUCUACCAAGUGUGGUCUCAAGACAUUGCUGUUAAAGAUUGUUCAUGCUCAGAUAUUCGUAACAGAAUCGUAACAUUGACCUUUUCUGUCUAAUCUGAGCUACACAAGAGAAGGUAUACGGAGAUCAGUGGAAGGGAUACUUCUGUGAAGGGGACUGUUGGACUUUCAGAAUCCUCUCUGUCGCUUUUUGCAACUUUUAAUGCAGCGGUUCUCUUAAUGAAAGAUUCGGCAAACCAAGCGUGGUAACAAGUUUCAAAAUGGUCAGUAGGUUGAAGAAGGUACAUGAAUAUGAAUGUCCUCACUUACUGCUUUUACAGAAAGGAAAUAAAAUCAUCAAGCUGCCUGGUGGGCACUUAAGGCCUGGUGAAAAUGAAAUUGAAGGGUUAAAGCGCAAACUCACUAGUAAUCUCAGUUCCAAUUCAGGCAACUAUCAACCGGACUGGAAGAUUGAAGAAUGUGUUGGAGCAUGGUGGAGGCCUAACUUUGAGACAUUAAUGCUACCGUAUCGCCCGCCACACAAUACUAAACCAAAGGAAUGCAAGAAAAUAUAUGUUGUCCAUUUGCCUGAAAAAGAAUACCUUGCAUGUCCGAAGAACAUGAAAAUACUAGCUGUUCCAUUGUUUGAACUCUACAACAACAUCCAGGUAGAGGCAUAUGGUCCAGAACUCUCAAGUAUUCCACCGCAACUCUCCAGGUAUCUAUUAUCAAGAGUACUCUCUAAAUCAGAGGAAUCUGCUGGUCAACUAUUUUGGACCUUGGUGUACCCAAGACACAGGAUAUCGGAGUUAUCAGUAUAUUAUUAAUGUCUGCUUCAAUUGAUCAAAUCCUUCU